AUGGUCCGCCAACGACGUCUCCAACACGCCGACCCAUCAUCGCCCGCCAUGGCCAUGCCCGAACCCCCCGCGCAGCCUGCCACCACCACCACCACCACGACGCCGUGCCAUUCGUCGCCCUCCCAAUGGAUCGUCUACGCCCUCGCCAGCGGCGCCUGCGCUGCCCUCAACGGCGUUUUCGCAAAACUAACAACCACAGAGCUCACCGCAAGCCUCUCCCGAUCCGUCGCCCGCAUCCUCUCGCUCUCCCACCAUGAAACCGCCGUCCAGGUCAUCAUCCGAGGGGGCUUCUUUGCGCUCAACCUCACGUUCAACGGCGUGAUGUGGACCUUGUUCACAAAGGCCCUUGCCAAAGGCUCGUCUACCACCCAGGUGUCCGUCAUCAACACGUCGACCAAUUUCCUGCUCACUGCGCUGCUGGGGCUGUUGGUCUUCUCGGAGGCGCUGCCGCCGCUGUGGUGGGCGGGUGCGUCGUUGCUUGUCGUCGGCAGUGUGGUGGUGGGCAGAAACGAUGAGGCUGCUGGCGGCGGCGGCGGCGGCGGCCGUGAGACGGCUUCCCAGGGGGGAGGGACGCGGGCGGAUGGCGAGACUACUCCCCUCGUCGGGGACGGAUGUGCAGAAUGA